GUAACUGUUAAUAUUCCGUUAUUGCAUAUAAAUAUUUAUAUUUAUAUAUAUAUUUUUUAUAGUAUUUCAAUAUAACCUAUUAUAGGAAAUGAUGGUUUGAUCUCAGUUGUUGGAAUGCUGCAAUAUGCAUGUAUUUUUUUUUAAAGGUCAGUAGUGGAUAGUUAGCCCUGGUUCUAUUAUUACCCCUUUUUUUUUUUUUUUUACAUAUAUAUACACAUGCAUAAUAAUGAUCAAGAAUGAUCUGAAAAUUAAAACCCGUAUUAUUCAUGUCACUCACCAAAUUCCAUUUGAAAUAAGCCGAGAGUUUGGUCAUUGGAAGUUGACGAAUCGUCAAGGUCAUUCCGCCAUGUAUGGAGGUAUAAAGUCACUUGAUGACAAAUGGGAAACAAUCUGCAUCGGUUGGACUGGAAAAAUAGUUGAAAAGAGAAUGGAUACAGAAAUGGAAAGUGUGAAUACGUCUGAGGUGGAUCCUUCUUCUGUUUCUAAAGCGGAUAAAGAAACGAUUAAAAGACGAUCAUUAGAAAGGGGGAGAUGUAUACCUUUAUUUUUGAAUAACGAAAGUAGUGCUGGACAUUACUAUGGUUAUUGUAAGAAAUUACUGUGGCCUCUAUUUAAUUAUAUCAUCUGGAAUGAUGCUACAGAUGGUCGUAUUGAAAAAUCACAAUGGAAUUUUUAUAAGAAAGUAAAUCAAAGAUACGCAGACUUGGUUAUUGCUGAAUAUCAACCUACAGAUACCAUUUGGGUUCAUGACUAUCAUCUAUUACUAGUCCCAUCCAUGAUCCGUGCAAGCUUACCAAGGGCUCGUAUUGGCUUGUUUGUUCAUUCUUCUUUCCCUAGUUCUGAAAUAUUUCGAUGUUUACCAAAGAGACAAGAGAUCUUAAAGGGUAUGUUAGGUGCAAACUUGGUUGGCUUUCAGACGUAUGCACAUGCUAGGCAUUUUAUUUCAACUUGCACUCGUAUUUUGGGUUAUGAGAGUUCCCCCGAGGGUGUAGAGUAUGAAGGCCAUUUCUGUUAUGUAGGUACAUUCCCUAUCGGUAUUGACGUGGACGCUGUCGAUAGAAUACGGAAUAGUCCUGAUGUAUUACCCAAGAUAAAGGCAAUCGCAGACAUGUACCCUGAUAAAAAAAUAAUUGUCAGUAGAGAUAAAAUGGAUCUCGUUCAGGGCAUAUUGCAGAAAUUGGCUGCAUUUGAAAAGUUUUUGAUCAAUUAUCCAGAUUGGCGAAAUAAAGUGGUCUUGAUUCAGACAACGGAUAUGAUGACAACUACUUCAGUGAGUGAUAUGGAUAAGGUGGCAGAAAGAGUGGAUCAUAUUAAUGGAGCAUAUGGUUCCUUAGAACAUCUUCCAAUCUAUCAUUAUCAUCAUCCUAUUCAUACAGACGAAUAUUACGCUCUACUAUCUACAGCCGAUCUUGCUCUUAUUACCGCUGUCAGAGAUGGUAUGAACACAACAAGUUUAGACUAUAUCAUGUGUCAACAAAAGAAACAUGGUCCCCUUAUCGUGUCAGAAUUGACUGGUACAGCUGGCUCUAUGAGCUCUGCUCUCUUGGUCAAUCCUUGGGAUCAUACAAGUGUGGCAAGGGCAAUCCAUGAUGCCUUGACGAUGUCUGAUGAUGAAAAAUUAACAAGGCAUAAACAACUAUUGCAACAUGUUAAAUCAAAUACAACCUCCUUCUGGGCUCAUUCAUUUAUCAAAAUGUUAUUACAUACUUAUCAGUUAUCAGAGCAAAACAAAUAUACCCCAAAAUUAAAAUUAGAACAACUUCAAGAACAUUAUCUUGGUGCAAAAAAGAGAUUAUUAUGUUUUGACUAUGAUGGAACAUUGACAGAAAUUAAAAAUACACCUAUGGCUGCAGUACCAUCUAAAACGAUGCUAACUUAUUUAAAACAGUUAUGUAAAGACCCAAAAAAUGAGGUGUGGAUCAUUUCUGGUAGAGAUGAAGGUACCUUAAGCAAUUGGUUAGGUGACAUUGAUGAGUUAGGUUUGAGUGCUGAACAUGGCUCGUUCAUGCGAUUCCCUGGUAGUAAAAGAUGGAUAAACUUAAUUGAGCAUUUGGAUAUGAAUUGGAAAAAUGAUGUAUUGGAGAUAUUCACUUAUUACACAGAAAGAACGAUGGGUAGUUUUAUAGAACACAAACGAUGUGCGAUCACAUGGCAUUAUCGUCUUGCUGACCCUGUAUAUGGAGCAUUUCAGGCAAAAGAAUGCCAAAACCAUCUUGAACAAGCCAUUUUGAGCAAAUUGCCUAUAGAUAUUCUAGUUGGUAAGAAAAACUUGGAAGUACGACCCAAGAUAGUCAAUAAAGGUGAAAUCCUAAAACGCUUACUUGCUUCAACUAUGAAUUCAUAUGAUUUUGUUAUGUGUUGUGGUGAUGAUCGGACAGAUGAGGAUAUGUUUAAAGUGCUUAAAAAAGCUGAAUUACCAGAUUGUUUACAAAAGUUUUCAGUAUUAAUAAGUGCUGAAGAUAAAAAGACAGAAGCUCUUUGGCAUUUACCGACCGUUCAAGAUAUGAUUGAAAGUAUGAAAAUUAUGUCCGAAUGUUCUUUAUUUAUGCUGUAAUUUCUAUUUUAUGAAUGUAUAUAUCUAUAUAAAAAAAUAUAUUUGUAUUUGUAUUGCAAUGCAUGUCGUCAAUGUUAUAUAAUGUCCAUUUUUUAUAAUAAAUAUUUUUCUGUAUAUAAAGUGUUUCAUUAAAUUGUUGAACAGUACACUGCAUAUAAACUUUUCUCACUAUUAGAUUAUUUUAUAUUAAAUAAAUGAUGUUUUGAAAAAAAAAAAGCCGUUGCACAUUGUAAUAAUUAUAAUGUAAAUUUGUAAAUGUAG